CUCUCUUGGCAACCUGAGCUGUCCCCCCCUUCUCAGCACCUGUUGCAUUGGAGCAGCUGACGGACGCAACACCGGCUUUGAAAAUGGUCGACAGCAGCAGCAGCGAUGACGUCUUCACUUUGCUGAAGAAAAUUUGCAGCCUGCAGGAGGAGCGGGCAUACACGUACAGACUUUUUGAAGAGGGCCACAAGAUAUACCUGUCAACUGCACCAAACUACGACUUUCCUACUUUCCGAGAGCUUGUGCGUGAGGUGACUCAAGAGUUCAAACGCAUCUCGGAGGGCAUGAUGGAUAUUGAGCGGCGUCUGCGGCUCAACGACAAUUCGGGGCACCUAGCAGAAUAUGUACGUGCCUUACAAGAGGAAGAGAAAGUCAAGCUUGAGCUGACAGCCAAGCUGCAGCUGGCCAAGCAAGACCUGCUGGACAAUCCAGAGGAGUACAAGAACCAGGCUGAUGUGGCAUCGAUGAAGGCUAGGUUAACCGAGGUUGUUGAACGGAUAAAUGACAACCUCAUGGAACUCAAGUACGAAAUGAAUGGCAUGUAAGGAAAACAAAUAGACCAAGAGACUGCCAAUCAGGACCCUGCCAACAUAUUCUCUUAAGUUGCAUUCCUCAACAAGGAACACUUCCCCAUGUUGUAACCUUGCCCAGUUUUUUUCACAGUUCUCUCUUUUUUUUUUCUGCGUUCUUUGCCGAGCUUUUCAAAGAAUCUCAAAUUUGCUGCCUGUUUCAUCUUCGUCACUCAAAUAUUUUGCUAAUCAAGUUUUCACACAUCUGUUCAAUAAUAGUUUCAAGUUGCAAAUGAAUCCAGCUCUCAGGAAAAGGAAGCUGACCUGUUUUGUUUGUAGGGUUAAGUUGCUUACAUCCCAUUCUUUGGACUUUUCUAUGGUUUCCGAGAUCAUAUCUCAAGGCAUGGACUUGCCAGGUAACACUGUGCUAUGCUAGUAACCGUGCAGUCACUUUGAAUGCUACUGCAUUUGUACUGAAGAAAAUUGUGUAAUGACAAAUGCAGUGCUGCAUACAUUUCAUAAAUACAAAAAAUGCUUGUGACUGAAUGCUGAUAGGGUGAAGUCUUAUCAUUUUACUUAUUGUCACUGCCUUCAGGUGUGGCUGCAUGGUAGCCUACCUUUCGGCAUAUUGACUCGGUGAAUUUUCCUAUUGCAUUGGUGUUCCCUGAGAAAUCGGUGUGACAGCAGUUUUAAUAUUCAAGGUCACGCAAUGCCACUUUCAUAAACAUGCUGUUUGUUCCACAGGUUUGCCUGCUAGCAUUUUCAGCCAUUUCCAUAAGUGUCCAUCCCUGCCUGAAAGACUAUCAAAGUUGAUCGCUGCUCGCAUGGUAAAGCCAUUUUUGACUAUGUUGAGUGCAUUCAUAAAGCUUGCUGCUGCAGUACAAGGCAUAGUGUAAAUGUGCAUUCAUUUGAUUCUGUCAUUAAUACUAGCACCGAUGUUAAGUUCACCCCGUCAUAUAUGGUGGAAGAUUGGUCAGAAGAAAGUGACGAUUUGUGUUCUCAAAAGGGGCCAAUAUGGAGGCAGUUUCUUCAGUCAUUCAGCUACUAAAGUGUUGUUUCGAUGAGCAUAUUGUGAUAAAAACAAACUUGUCACUUUUGUUGUGAACAUAGCAAGUGAGAAUUUUUUGUUCCUUCCUUCCUUGCUUUAUCUUUUCCCUAUGGCACAUUUUCAUUUUCCACGUGCAAAAGUUUGUUCUGUGUGCCUUGUUUUGUAAUGGAUUACAUAACUCGUGAAAGAACUAGAAGCUGAAAUGUUUGCCACAAGAAACUUUGCUCUGCUCUGCAGAUGUGAUACAAAGAAGCUCCAGUGAACAGGUGCUUUUGUUUUUUUCUUCCAUGUCUUAAGUUUCCUUGAUGCAAGGCUUUGAAGAAACAUCUGCCUCUGGAAGUCAAUAAAAGCUCAAGAUUA